AUGACGUUAUUACCGCCAACGUUGGCACAACAAAAACAUAUAGAUAAACAACUGCCAUCUAACCCGGAAAUGAGAAAGCAAGAUAUUAGAGCUAUACAAGAAUGGCUGUCCAAGCAGCCGCAUUUACCGGAUCAUAUGGACAAUAGCAGACUGGAAAGAUUUCUCUACGGCUGCAAGAACAGUGUUGAGAAGUGUAAAUUAAUCUUGGAAAGAUAUUAUAGUGUCCGUACAUCUUUAUCAGAGUUCUUUACCGUUCGUGAUCCGUUGUCUCGAGAUAUUCAAGAUUGCUGCGAUGCAAUAGACUACUUCGUUUUACCGUCAUUGACCGACGAAGGAUAUCGCGUCACCGUGUUACGAAUGCGUGAUACUGAUCCAGAAAAGUUUUCUAUUCAAGCGAUUGCCAGGCGUAUUUUGAUGGUGCUUGACAUUCGUUUAAAGGAGGAAGCUUGCCUGUCGAAUAUCAUGAUCAUAGACCUGCAGGGGUUUCGUACGAUGCAUUUUAUAAAAUGUGUUCCGACGCAAUCUAACAUAAAGCGAGCGAUGUUAGCGGUGCAAGACAGUAUGCCGUUCCGACUAUUUAGCCUUCAUUUUCUCCAUGCACCGUCGUCUAUCACUAGUAUACUUAAUAUAUUUUAUCCGUUGUUGAAAGAAAAAUUGAUUCACAAAUUUCACAUCCACAAUGGUGGUGGCGAAGAAUUGUAUAUUUAUAUGAACAAGAAUAUACUUCCCAAUGAGUGGGGUGGUAGAGCGGGCACUUUACGAGAAUUAAAUGCUGCAUGGCGAGAAAAAAUUGAGAAAAAUAGAGAUUGGUUUUUAAGGGAAGAGAAACUCAGUCGUACAAACGGAAAAGCUCGUUUACCAGAUUCAAAACCGGCCAGUCUUUUAAUGGAACUCGAAGAAAUUCAUGGUACAUUCCGAAAAUUAAAUAUAGAUUAA